GCACUUUCAGCAAGAACAAACACACCUGAGAGACACGAGAGGACACGGAUCUGCUCCGCAACCAACGCAGUGUGUUUCUGAAGAGGACAGAGUAACAGCAGAACGAGAAACUCCACGUGAGCCGACAGCUGUAACAGGAGACUGUGCCGCUCAGAUCUGAUCGUUCCCUAAUUCAGAAACUCGGCCGUUAGUGAAGCGAGAGCCGCCGAAGUGCAUUGUGGGAGUGUAAAGGCCGCGUGACAAACUGACCAACGGGAUGCCAGGAAUGAGUGCGCAGGCAACCAGCACGCAUUUCGGUCUAAAUGGCGAGAAGCAGCACAGCAGUCCUCAGUCCGAGGACGAGCCCACGACCCCGAAAGUCCGUCCCAACCCCAAGUACCAGCUCUAUCUGGGCUCCAACGGCACCAGCGGCUCCAACGGGGCCAACGGGACUCUGCUGAGGUUCAGUCCUGUGAUCCGGGGGUCCAUGGAGUCGCUGUCGUCCCGGGACGGGGACAGCAUGUCCGACAGAACGGGUGGCUUUGAAAGUCCUCCCCGAGUUUUCAACAGUCCGUAUUCGAUGCUCUCUCUGGACUACAAUCCCUUCAACCGGUCUGUCAGACACAGGAAGUGAUGUCACCCACCGUCUCUGAGAUGAACCUGUUCGGUCUGAACAGAAGCGUGAGUCCCGUUAACAGUCCGGCUCUGAACCAGCGCACACGAGUCCCUGGAUACGACAGUCUGACCCGCAGACGAGACGCGACUCCAAGUCAACUCAUGCAACGAAACAACCAGCCGAACAAACUGGAUUUCAUCCAGGAACUGACCAAACAGCUGGAGGACUGUCGCAGGAGGAACCAGUUUCUGGAAGCGGAGAGCAUCGAGAUGGAGAAGGAGAGGAACCAGAUCCGCUUCGAGAUGCGAGGUCUGCUGGUGAACAAUGAAGAUCUGCUGCGGACGAACACACAGAUGCAGUGCGAGACGAACCGGCUGCGGGAGAAGAUCGUGGAGUUAGAGAGCAACAACAACGUCAUGCAGGAACGCUUCAGACAGAUGGAGAAAGAGCUGAAGGAGGCGCGGGAGGUGAUGGUCGAGGCAAACACUCAGGAAUACGCCUUCAGCUUCCUGCAGCAGACGCUCAAGAACAAAAUACAGGACACUGAGGAAGCUCUGGAGAAACAAGCUCAACACGCUCAGACUGUGUCAGAAAAACUGUGGCUCACCGAGAGAAACCUGGAGGAGCUGGAGCUGGAGAAAGAAACUAAAGCAAAGAAAACUCUAGAACUCAGUAACACUGUUUUCAGACUGGAGACAGAGCUGGCAGACGCGCUGCAGGAGGGGAACCAGGCGCGAGUGGAGCUGAGUUUGCAGCAGAAGCUGAGGGCUGAUGUUCAGCUGCGGGUGGAGGAGCUGGAGGAGAGCGUGCUGGAGAAAGACCAGGAGCUGCUGCGCCUCACACAGAUCGUCAGCAGACUGCAGGGAGAGGUGUCAGGUAAGCUGAGUGAUAAGGAGCAGACGCUGGAGGAGGAGAUCCAGCUGCGGGAGCGUGUGCAGCUGCAGUGCAAACAAGCCGAGAGGACGGUGGAGGAUCUGCGCAUGGAGCUGCAGACGCUGGGACAGUCCAGAGACGAGCUCUCCAAACAGCUCAAGCUGGCUCAGGAGAAGAUCAUCGAUCUGGAGGGAGAUCUGGAGGAGCUGCAGGAGAACGAGCAGCGAUGGGCGUCCAAACACAAGAGAGCUGUGGAUCAGUCGGAGCAGCUGCAGAUGAAGCUCAUCCAGGAGAAAGAUCUCAACGAUCAGCUGGAGUGUGAGAAGGCCAUCCUGGAGAGACAGCUGCGGGAUCUGCGCACUGAGAUGGAGGAGCUGCAGAAUAACAGAGUGGAGGUGGAUUCGAUCACCAGAGCCGAGAUUAAAGCCAAAGAACUGGAGAACGCACUAAGAGCUGAGGAGAGGAAUAAAGUGGUGAUGAGCAACACCAUCAGCAAACUGGAGAAGAAGAUCCACGAGCUGUCAGAGCAGAUGGAGGAGGAGCACAAGAUCUCCACCGAACAGAGAGAGCUGAUGACUCAGCGCAUCCGUUCGGUGAAGCGGCAGCUGAACGAGGCCGAGGAAGAGGCGAGUCGACGGGACGUCCAGCACCGACACACACACAGAGAACUGAUGGAGGAGAGAGAAAAUAACAGCCGCCUGCAGAGACAACUGCUGGACCAACAGCUGCACAACAAGAGGAAAGAGUCGAGACAAACUCUGGAAAACCUGAAGCUGCACCUGAGUGAAGAGGAUGAUGAAGAGGAAGAUCAGACCGAAUCCACAGACAAGCAGAUCACUCAGGUGUGACGGGACCAGACCAGACCAGACCGAACCGGCCUAACCGAAGCUAAAACUAUAUCAAAAACUGCCAAAACCCAAUCAGCCUGGACCUGAACGUAAACCUGCUGUCAAACGGUUUCCUUUCAAAUAUCAAAGACUACAAACCAAAACUGAUCACGGAAACCACUCGAGUCCAGGUCUACGAGAGGGAGACCGGAUCCAGAGAAGCUCCAUAUAAACACUGUUGUGGAAAAGCUCUUUCCUGUGGACUGACGCUCUUAGGAUUUGAAUAAGUACUUACAGGAGAAUCUGCUUCGCCGUCACUGCCAAAUCUGGUUUACAGUAAGCUAUUGUGUGCAUUAGUUCUUUAUCAAGCUCUCUGUUCUGUUUCUGUUGUUAUUUCUCAAUUCAAUCAUAUAUGCAAAUGACAUUAUGCAUAUAUUAAUAUAAUCUAGAUAGGAAUAAAUAUUGAUGAGUUUAUUUGCAUGCGUUGAGCGAUCAGGACGGAUAUUAUUCUGCUGAAGGUUAUUAAGGGAAUCGUCGUUAUUAAGUGUUCGUGAUGCUGUGCUGCAGAUUUAGCUCCAGGGGGUUUGAUAAGGAGUUCAAAGAUUAACGUGGAACUACCAAAUGGUAAUAAAAUAUUAUAAAUCAA